UUAUCACCACCUGGUAUAGGGUGAAAGCAACAAUAAUCCUCCCUUUGUAUUGGUACGUGAAUCAAUUAACCAAUGAAUCAAUCCUCUCUCUCCAUUUAUUUAUUUUCUUGCACAUUAUUGGUGUUGGAAAAACCGAGAUUGUAGCCUUGAGAGGUUCAACUGACCAGGACCGUGACGCAUUGUGUUUUGAGAUAAUGCUGAGGAAGAGGAACAGGUCAGUGCAGAAGGAGCAACACCACAUGAGUAAUCUGACACAGAGUGAAGCCAAUUCAGAGCACUAUUCUCAAACUCAUCAUGCUUUGGGGCGCAACAACAUCAAGGGCCACUCAAUUUUCAAUGUUCCUUGUCUGUUUGUGGGUUUAGGUCCAAACGGGUUGUUGGAUUCUGAUUCAGUUAGGAGUCCCACUUCUCCACUUGAUGCUAGAGUUCUUUCAAAUCUUGGCAACCCCGUUAGGAAGCCAAGAUCUUCACCUCAUGAAGGGCACCCAAGGAGUUGGGAUUGUUGCAAAGUAGGUCUAGGCAUUGUGGAGUCUUUGGAAGAGUCUUCUAGGUUUUCUGGGAAAAUUCUCCAGUCACCAGAGAGUAAGAGGGUUAAUCUCAGUUCUCAAAUGAUGAUCAAGGCCCCAAAUUGCCAAAUCCAUAGGGAUUUUCUUGAGGGAUCUAAGUCUUUACCCAAAGAUUUUUGUAAGGCUCCUUAUGCCCCCCGAAAUGGAUCUAUUAACCACAAGGGUGAAUCUGAGUCCACUGUUCUUUUUGAGAUUGGGGAAAGUGGCCUUGAGCAUGAACUGUUUGGGAGAACCAGGUCUUGUUCAUUGGACUCAUGCAGUCAACUGAAAGAGCUCUCUGGCUUAAACACUUCCUUCUCUGAUUCAGACACUGAUAAUUUUGCUGUGAAAGAUGUGAGUAUCCAAUUGAGCUCUCCUCCUCAUUUUAACGGGGGAAGCCAGAAAUCAAAUAUAUUCCCACCUACAAAGUUGAACACAAACACUCUUUCCAUUAGCUCUUCCAAUGAAUUUAUUAAGUCUCUGUCUGCUAGUGAGAUUGAACUCUCCGAGGACUAUACAUGUGUGAUUUCUCAUGGCCCCAAUCCCAAAACAACUCACAUUUUUGGGGAUUGCAUUCUAGAGACUUAUUCUAAUACAUUCAAAAUCCAUUCUAAGAACGAAGAGAAGGAGAUGGGAGUUAACCCUAUUGCUAACAGGGUAGGGAGUUCCAACCCAUAUCCCUCGAGUGGCUUCUUGAGUUUCUGCCACCACUGCAACAAGAAACUAGAUGAGGGGAAGGACAUUUAUAUUUAUGGGGGUGAAAAGGCAUUUUGCAGUUUAACUUGCCGUGCCAUGGAGAUCAUGAUUGAUGAGGAACUAGAGAAAUCCAACACCAACCCUCCUUGUGAAAACUCUCCAAAGCCAAAACUUGGUGAGCUACUUUUUGAAACAGGCAUUGUCACAGCUACAUAA